GGAGAAGCCAUACAGCUGUGAGAUCUGCAACAAACCCUUCUCUGAGAAAAGCCAUCUAGUAAGGCACAAUAAAGUACAUACAAAGGAGAAGCCCCACAGCUGUGAGAUCUGCAACAAGGCAUUCUCACAGAAAAAUAGUCUAGUCAGGCAUGUGAGAGUGCAUACGAGGGAGAAGCCAUACGUCUGUGAGAUUUGCGACAAGGCCUUUUCACGGAGACAGUAUCUGGUGAGGCACAUGAGAGUACAUAGAAAGGAGAACCCAUAAACCUAUGAAGUUUGAAAUAAAACCUCAUAGAAUUGCACAUGUGUACAUACAAAAGAGAAACCAAGCAGCCAUGAAAUUUGUAAUACAUAUGAGAGUACAUAAAAAGGAGAAGCCAUAAACCUAUGAAGUUUGAAAUAAGCCCUCACAGAAUUGCUACUUGGAAUAGCACAUGAGUACAUACAAAGGAGAAACCAGACAGUGGUGAGCUUUGCAAUAUACGUGAGACUAAAUAGAAAGGAGAAGGGAUGAAGCUGUGAGGUCUAAAGAGUAUAAUGCUGUGAGUCAUGUAUGAGUCAUGCAAGCAGAAACCAUGACAUUUGGUCAGAUUUUUUAUAGUGUGUAUUAAUUAUAGUAGAUGGUGGUUGGCUCCCCAGUUGGCUGAGGACUGGGCAGUCCUUGCGUCACUGCUGCUGUUAUCGUGUUCUGCUGGAGGAUGAGGGAUUGUUUAUCUUGGUUCCGGAUUCUGCAGUUUAAGUACAUAUACGCUGUGUAGGUGCGCAGUGAAGGAGGUGAACCAGCUGCUCAGUGAGUAAGGACAUGGCUGUGGACAUAGUGUGACCCAACCUGGGAAACUACUCUGAACAUCAGGUUGCGGGUCGUGCUGCUACAAAAUGUAGAUCAUGAACCAUAUAUAUAUGAGGUCAAUAGAAAUGUUUUCCCCUAGAGAAGAUAUCUCAUGGGGACACAAGACUGCAUUAAACAGCAUGAUGCUAUAUCUAAAGGAAACACAGUUCCUCUUUACAGGUUUUUUAGAUGUCUAGCACAUUUCAUCUAAACAUUAACUAUCCUCUUGUCAUUAUUAGGGGAAAAUUGUCUUAAAUCUUGAGAGAUCUCUGUUUGAUUCAUACAGUACAUAAUUUUCUUAGUAUGUUGUUAUUGUGAAACAUAAUAAACUUUUAUAUAUUAG